UCACAGAACCGAUGAAGGGACGCAACAUGGCGGAAAGACGCUGCGAACAGCCGCCGUCCAGGUGGUCCCGUCCGGCAGCAGCGCAGUAGAAUCGCCGGAUUCUGGCUCGGUUCCGCCGGUACACAGUGAAAGAGCAGUUUGCUUUGAGUCAAAAGGCGUAAAAGUGGGGGGAAAAAAUGAGCCACGAGUGAGGACUUGGAGAUGAGCCGACACGCAACAGACGUCCAGGAGCCGGUGCAGGAGAGCGUCCCCUCCCCGCCGUUGCCCGCCGGUCAUGUGCUCAGCUCCGGAGCGGUGCUGUUCCCUGGUGCUUUUGAUCAGCACGGCUGCCCUUUGAUCGUGUUCCCCGUGGAAGGACAAGCCAGACUCUCCUCAGAGCUCAGCAAAGCCGAAGUGGUGGACUUCAUAAAUUACUUUCAUGGUCUGCACAUCAAGAAGCAGGAGAAGCAGAGUCUAGUGUCAGUGGUGGCUGAUCUGAGGCAGGCUUCUCCUCCUACGACCAGGUUCAUCGCAGAGACUCUGAUGCUACUCGAGCUGAACAAGCGGACAGUCCACUGUGUCUAUAUAAUUCAGCCCAAAAAGAAGGACGCUCUCAAGCUGCUUCUGAAGCUCCUGGCUCCGACUAAGUCUUACACUGCCUCUUUCAAGAAAGUCCUUCUGAAAGAAAUCUCGGAGCUCUCCAACUACAUUGACAGAAGCCAGCUGCCAGCAUCUCUGGGUGGAUACCUCAUGUACUGCCACCAGAGCUGGGUUGCCUUCAUUAAGGAGAUCGACGCCUUCGUCCAGGAGUUCCUGUCUGUGGUCCAGCGGCUGCCCUCGUGUAUCUCCACGCUGCAGGCUUUGUCCAGGCUGCCGCUGCCCUCCACCUUCGUUGAGCUCCAACAUUUCUGCUCCACUAACGAGGCAAAGUUCCAUCAGCUCAGAAGGGAGCUGGGUCUGGAUGAGCUGCUGAGGCACUGUCAUGGUGUGGUGGAGAAGCUGCGAUACCCCGACAGGGAGCCAUGUUACCAGGCCAUGGCUGGCACUGCCCUCUUCACCCACACUGCCUUCGACAUGGUGCAGAACCACAGCAGAAUAACUGCAGCUGUGGAAAAAGUGGAGCUUCUGUGGCAGCAGGCAUUUUCUAAGGCUCAUUUGCAGCUGCAGGUGUUCCAGCUACGUGAUGAUGCACUGCAGAUCACAGAGAAGAUUGAAGUUCUUCUUCAAGAGAAGCUCCAGCCUUACAAAAUGGAGAUCGCCAAGGAUGCCGAAAAGGCUGCGAUGUUGGUGUCUGAAUUUGAGGCAUCCAUUCACACUCCUGCUAUGGCUCUUGUUCGCUGUGCUGAAGACGUGAUCCACACGUUGGCGGAGAUCCUGCCGUUGGAUGGGCAGAUCAGUGAGAGCUGGGUUUUGGAUCUGGAGAGGCUGAAGGAGAAACUCCAUUCUGCUGUGCAUUUUAUCCUCCAAACCCUCAGAGCUGCUUCCAGCUAUCAUCACUACUACAACAAGGCCAGCACCUGGUACAGUCUGGUCCUCUGUGAGAACUUCCUCCAGGAGCUCCUCUCAGGUGUUCAGGGAGACGGUGUUUUGUCUCAGCGGCAGAGGAAGAACUGGUCAACGAUCCCUCCUUGGAGACGGAAGCUGUCAACUUUCCUGAAGAAGAAUCCUCCUCCAGAUAUGGAGGAGCUGCUACAUCUGGCACAUCUGUCUGGUGCCAUCCCAGAUGAUGAGAUCCAGCAUGCAGGCAAGCAGAUGUCUCAGAGGUGCAUGACCCUGAGGAAACUCCUAAUUUCUUCAGGACCAGUGGCAGUCAGGCACCUCCAGCUCGCCUUGCAGUGGCAGUAUGAUUUAUUACGAGGCAACUCUGGCAAUCAGUCCCUUGCUAACGAAGCAGCUAAGGAUGAUCAACACAGCCCCUCUAACCUCACUAAAUGUGAAAGUAGUAAAGAUCUUCUUGGAACAUCUCCUUUGACUGCAGUUCCUAUGAUGGUGUCAGCUGAGGGCAAACCUCCCUCCCUCAGCUCCUUUGAUUCUGGUUUCGAUGGAGCUGGGAGCAGCCCGCUGGAGGCCUGGGGAGGCAAGGAAGGACUGGAGGGUUUGUCCAAGUUAGCCGGGACCAGGGACUAUGUGAGAGCAGCCUUGGGCCAACCUCUAAUCGACGAGGAGAACUUCUCCAGCGUUUCAGACUGUGAGGAUCUAAGAGAGGAGUUUGACUUGGGCUCUGUGGGAAAAUCCUCCAGGGCUAGCAUCAAGAUCAUCCCCAAUGUAAAAGUGGACUCCCUCAACUUUGAGAUCCAAGUGAAGCGCUCAGCUGCGCUGCCCAAUAAUCCCUGGCUUAGCUUGCCAGUCGAUGAUUUGGAAAACUCGUACACGGUGACUAUUACACAGAACCCAAUGCCACAAAAGAGAGACCUGCACGUUCAUGAUCCCUCCGACUUCCAUUCUGCUGGCAAUCAGUCCAGCAGAUCCCGAAGUCAGCCCACACAGACGGAGGUUUUGAGCAGCAUGGAGCCCAGAGCACCAGAGAGCAGUGACAGGACGCCACACUCACAAAGUGGUUUGGAGGAUCCUGAACUGAGCCCCAUUCGCAACUUUCUCUCCAGCACUAUUACAGAUGGAAGAGACAAGUCUGUGUGUUCAACAGAGGGGAUUCCAACUCUUCUCUGGGAUUCUUAUGACCUCCACAACCAGAAUUCAGAUACCACUGAUAGUGUGAUGGAUAUCUCACUGAAAGACUGGGAUGUGAAGGAGCAGGAAGGUCUGAGGGAGGUGGAGAAAAUCCUGGACAGAGCUGAUGAAAUCCUGGAAGAGGAGGAAAAUGUUCUGGCUCAGGAAGCUGUGCUGGACUCCCUGCUGAGGUCGGAGGAGAGGCAGAAUCUCUGGCCAGUGUGGGACAGUGAGGGGCUGCUUUGCACAAUGUCAUCCAGUGAACUGGCUGAAGCCGGCGUUCUCGGCCUCGAGGACUCCCUUGACCCCCCAGAAUCCGACAGCUUCAGUGAACUCAGAUCAGCCAAAUCUGCAAGUGAAACCAAACCUUCUGCAGAUGAUGAGCUCGACACUGUGACAGCAGCAGAUACAGGAUUAUUUAACUGCAGGCCGGACCUGCUGACAGAGCUAAAGAAAGUCCACAUACUGGAUGAGCUAAUCAUGGAGGAGAACCUGAAGAUCCACAAGCUCCAACACGACGAAGAAAACCCUAAUGACGAACUCUCGGAAAUCGAUCCUUCAGACAUGAACGAGCCGUCAAGUGUGAGCAAAGACAGGGCGGCUUUCAGGUUACAACUGGAAAAGGAGAAAAGGGAGGUGGAGAAGCUUGAGAAAAGUUUAGACAAAGAGCCUAAAAUGAAAAAACACAAGGAAAAAUGUGGAGAGGUUGUAAGAUGUUCUAUAAUGGAGAAGCGUAGAACCGAGAAUGAAGAGGACCGAGCUCUAUGUGAGGAGCUUUUAUCAGAUAGUUACAACAGAUCACAGAGCAGGUCACCUACUUUGUUGGUCCAGAAUGAUCUUCUGGAUCAGGAUUCAUGUGAGACUGAAGCUAUUGAAGCAUUAUCAGAUCUGGAUGCUGCCAGAGAAGUUGCAGCACAGGACUUGGAUCAACUUACAGUUUCCCAAAGUCAAGAUUCCAGUGACUCUGAAGCUGAUUCGUCUGUAUGUAACAGAACUACCUUAAGUAGUAGAGAAACCUCUGAAGUGGGUGUCCAAUCUCAGCUAUGUAUUGGGACAGAAUUAGACAAAUCUGGCGAAGCUAACCUAAGCAAUCCAGAAGCUUCUUUAACUCCUGAAAUGAGGCCAGAUGAUGGAGCGUUUGACCCAGGUGGGAAAUCAAUCCUUCCUCCUGUACCUAAGCCAAGAAAGGCUUCGCUUCCUGUGAAUGAUAGCUUCACUGAACUCGAAACUCCUCAUUCCACAGAGACGCUCCAUCCAUCACCGUCUUUAGUAGUUCGAGAUCCUGGUUUUGCACAACUUGAUCUGCGAGAUAAAACAUAUGAAGUGCUGCCAGAGAAUGUGGCUCCAGACAUCGAUCACAGCUUGGUUCUAAAUCCAAGUGUGAAGGAGCACAGUAACAACAACAAUAACAACAGUGCACUUUCAGAGGAGUGUGAGGCGUCAGUAGAAAGCUUGUCUGAAGUCUCUGCUAAAGACGAAGAGGACACACCGACAUGUAUGCUACAGAUAACAGAGGAAAUCCAGACUCCACCUCCUGCAGAUGAACCAGUACAUCAGCAGUCAGCACCUCAGCUGCCUCCUGACCAGCCUCUGGAGUUCGACCCAGGUGGUGGUGAGCUGAAUGAAGACCUGCCAGAUGCGGUUCAGCGCUCUGAGACUGUGAGGAUUUUACGUUCUCGGUCUCCUGAGAUCCAGACGCAGCUCAACAUCAGUGUGAGACAGAUGGAAGAUUUCAAGACCCCCAUAGUCCUGGAUACGGGGUCUGGUUUGAUGAAAGCAGGAUUUGCAGAUCAAGACCUCCCAAGCCUUAUGUUCCCAACAAUAAUUGGGAUGCCCAAGUAUGAGGAAAUAAUGAAUGGAAACCUUGAAAGGGAGACUUACAUUGGCCAUGAUGCUCAACACAUGAGAGGAGUUCUGGCUCUGAAACACCCCAUAAAGAAUGGAAUCAUUCGCAACUGGGAUGAAAUGGAAAAGAUUUGGCAUCACACGUUUCAGCAGCUGUGCGUGGAACCGGAGGAUCACCCUGUUCUGCUGACCGAGGCAGCCAUGAACCCCCUGGACAACCGACAGCGCAUGGUGGAGAUCAUGUUCGAGUGUUUCAAUGUUCCUUUCACCUACGUGGCCAUGCAGGCGGUGCUGGCCCUCUAUGCAGCCGGGAGAUCCACUGGUGUUGUGUUUGACUCUGGAGACGGAGUGAGCCACAGUGUGCCAGUGUUCGAGGGAUACUGUCUACCUCAUGCAGUGCAGCGCUUCCCUCUGGGUGGUGUAGACGUAACAAUGCACCUUAAAAAGCUUCUGCAAGAACAGGGGGUUUGCAUGCGCACCUCAGCAGAGGAGGAGAUUGUGAGGGAGAUGAAGGAGAAGUGCUGCUGCGUGGCGCUCGACUAUGACGCUGAGCUGAGUCGGGGGGGUUUGUCCUGCAGGGAGAUGCAUUACACCAUGCCGGACGGACAGAUCAUCACCCUCACCACAGAGCGGUUCAGGGCCCCUGAGAUUCUGUUUAAACCUGAACUGAUUGGACGGGACCAUUAUGGGAUGCACGAGAGCAUCUUCAAGUCAAUCCUCAGCUCAGACAUUGACCUGCGGCGCGGCUUCCUGGGAAACAUCGUACUGUCAGGUGGAAACACUCUGCUACCCGGCCUGCCCGAACGGCUCCAGGCUGAAAUCGUCGGCCUGCUGCCCGCAGACAUGGCUGAGGCCGUUCGGGUCACCAGCCCCAAAGACAGAGACUUCUCAGUGUGGAGCGGAGGAGCAGUGCUGGCCAACCUGCCCACCUUCAGCUCUGCAUGGAUCAGUCAGGAAGAAUAUGAGGAGUAUGGGCCGCAGAUUGUCUUCAGGAAGUGUUUCUGAGGCGGACUAGUGCGAGUUACAAGUGCAAUAUUCAGUGCCAUGGGUUGCUCUGAGCCAUUGUGACCCCUUUUAAAUAUCUCUGUUUUUUUGUGUUGUUUUUUCUUGUGGAGUUUGUUUCACUCUGCUCAGCUGUGUGGAUCUUAACUUUUGAGCUCUUACUUGACACCAGCAGGUUUUCUGUGAACCUGCUGCCUCCUAUAUGCUUAAUCUGUGGAGAUCCACCAACAUGGCAAAUGAGGAAACUUGCAUUUCUGCCAUAAAAUUCUGUCAUUAUUAUUAUCCCUCAAGAACCCUCUAAUUUUCUAUUAAAUUUCCCAUUUUGGGAAAAAUUUGUGUCCCCAAAAUUAAAAUUUAUUCACGUUUGUCGUUAAGGGACUAGAAUUGAAGCUGGCCUUUAAUUGAUGUCUGCCAACUUUGUUUCCAGAAUAAGCAAUUGAGGGACAUGAAGAAAACUACUUGCUGACUCCAAAUAUCUAUAUAAAAUCUAUCCAAAUAUAUAUGAAUCUAAUAUCAGAUUUUGAUGUAAUUAUGCAAACAUUUUAAAUAAAUUUGGUAUAUCAGAUUAUUUUAUGAGUUAGACAUGGUGAAAGUUGCAACUACUAAAAACUUUUUUUAUUCAACAUUAAAUGCUCUUGAUGAUGGUGAGUGUUAAGGCCUCUGCAAUGAAGGAAAUCUGACAACUCAAACAAUAUUUUUGAAAAGUGUCCUAAUUAUUAUGUCUUUAUAUAUAUUGAGUGGACUUUUUUGUUGUAGCAUAACUUCUAAAAAGAGUUUUGUAAGAUGAUGGCUUUUUUUCAUCCCCUAUUUUUGAAAAAUCUCAUAAAUAUAUAUUUUUCAUUGCAGUGACUUUAAUGUGCAUGACAUUAAACGGCUCCCAAAUCAAAGCUACUUAUCCAUGUACAUGGAGGUUUUCUGUUGCUGCAGUAUUUUGACCCAGAAAGGAGAAAAGAGGGGAUUUUUUACAUGCGACCUUUGUGCUGAUUUUUCCUGAGCUGACUUGGUUGGUAGAGGUUUGUAGAGUGCAGAUGUUGGUCUGGUUAUGAUUUAAAAUGCUCCUGCUGCAGGUACAGUGUUGGUCCAUUGUUUGAAGUUGGAAGUCUCUUUAUAAUUUUCUGAGUGCUGUGUCAUGCCACAAGUGUCUUUGGGUUUUUUUCUAAAGUAUUUUGAUGUGAAAACAUUGGUUGUUAGGAUCUGACAUCAACUUGCACAGAAGUGCUUUUUUCUGUAAAAAGUGUUCCAUUGAUGCCAAAUUGCUGCAUUACUAUGAAUCUUGAUAAUCCUUGUGCCAAUUCUGUGUAUUUAGACUUGGUCUGCUUUGUUCUCCCCUCCAUUGCAUGAAACUAUUUAGUUGUGUGGGAUUUAUUUGCACCCUUUCGCAUGUACUCUUAUGUGUUUGUGUAUUUUAUUUUUUUUGGGGGGGGAGGAACUGACUUUUCUAAAGCCAUGGGGUUGUCAUGUGGCCUAAAGCUCAGCUCUUAAGUGGAAAUCACCAUGAAAUGUGACUGUGGGAACUGCAGUGUAAGCCUUACGUAAGUGCAACAGUGAACUGAUCAGUCUGCCUUUUGUUUCCUGGCGAGUUUGAAAAGAACGCACUUCUCUGAUUGUCUCCUUCUCCUCUAAAUGUACUGUAACAGACUGGACCGAGUUUAGAAAUUUCUCACCUGAGCCAUGCUAUUUAUCUCUCUCUUUUUUUUUUUUUUUUUUUUUGUUUAAAUAAAUAUUUUAAUCAUG